ACAGUCGAAACUAAGAAACGGUUUUGAAUUUCUAAAAGUUUUAAAAUUUCUAGUUUGUAUUUUGUAAGAUUUUACUUUUCACUAAAUCAUUUAAUAGUUUUCAUUCUUUCUUAAAAUCAAGGAAUUAGGCGUAUAAUUAUCAUCUGUGUCUUAAGAUAAAAGUAUCACCAUGUCGCAACAACAAACGAAAAACUGCAUUACAUUACGAGGAUCGGCGCAAAUAAUUUGCGAAUAUUUGAAGUUCGCAAUCAAUUCUGUUCUAUUUCAAAGAGGAUUAUACCCCCAUGAAACAUUUAAGGCAGAACAGCAAUAUGGAAUAACUUUACUUUUAUCAGAAGAUCCACAGAUCAAGAAUUUUUUAAAUAAUCUAUUGUCACAAAGUGAAGAAUGGAUAAUCAACAAGAAAGUUAGCAAGCUGUCAUUAGUAAUUUUGAAUGUAGCGAACAAAGAAAUACUGGAAUGUUGGGAUUUCAACAUACAAUAUGAAGAAGGUGAUGUUGCAUUGUCAAAAGAGAAGAACGAGCAGGUUGGUAGCAAAGAUCUCAAGAAGAUACAGCAAGAGAUAAGAGCCGUGAUGCUUCAAGUAGCGGCCACUAUAUCGUAUCUACCGUUCUUAGACUGUAGGUGUUCUUUUGAUGUGCUAGUUCAUGCCAAAACGGACUGUGAUAUACCAGAAAAAUGGGCGGAAGCUGAGCCAAUAGCUAUAACAAAUGUGCAAAAUGUACAACUAAAGUCGUUCUCAACGAGUUUGCACAAAAUGGAGACUGUUGUUAGCUAUAAACUCACUGAUUGAUGUAGUUUAAGUGUAAGUUCUAUUUA